GUUGAGCAGUUGGGGGAGUGUGUUAAAGGAACUUUACUGUUUGUGUCAGCUGAUAACCUAGGUGCUCAUUCUUUGGCUGGUUUCCAGGAGAGCUUCAUCGUGGAACACCCUUGUCGAUUCUGCUUGGCAAAAAGGAGUGACAUUCAGCAGAAAGAGGUCCGAUCAGGAGCAUUUGAGGCCAGAACCAUCCAGGAACAUGACAGAGUCACAAACAAUGGAGAGGAUAACAUUACGGAUAAUUGUCCAUGACACUGACAUCAGGAAAAUCAUACUCGAUGGAAAACCACAGACGCUUGACUCACUCAUUGAACAGCUGGAAGUGAAGCUGGAUCUGCAUUACAAGUUCUCCCUUCAGUAUGAGGAUCCUGAUUUUAACAAUGCCCUUGUCAACCUCACUGAUAUUGCUGACCUGCCUGACAAAGCCACCCUCAAAAUAAUCACCGUGUUGCCUACACCCACAUCAGGCACACCUAGCACAUCUAGCACAACUGACACUGAGAUCCUCUCUCCCUCCCCCAGUAGUUGGUCUUCACUUACUCGAUCUCCAUGGCCAGAGAUUUUUGAAAUUCCGUAUUUUCCAGUGGACAUUGAAUACCGAUUACGGCAGGGGAAUCUUCUGUAUAUGAGAGACAAAACAUAUCUAAAUGUGCCUAAGGACAUGAAACAUGAAAUACUGGAAAAACUUGCUGAGACUAUUUACAGCUUCAAGUCCUUUCCAAGUGAUGAAAACUUUCAGGCUGUUGCAACUGCACUGAUUCAUAAGCAUCCAUGCCUCAAAGAACCAGGCUCGUCCUCUGGGUGCGACGGCUGGAAAAACAGCCUCAAGUACAAAAUGGGGAAUUACCGCAGCAAACUGCGUCGAGCUGGAUGGCGAGAUGUGGCCGUAAGUCACGGGAAGAAAAGCGCUCAAGCACCUCAGAAAAGUGUCAAAAGGCCCAAACGGUGCGAAGUUAAUUUUCUUCCCAAUUUUCCUGAUGGUGAAGAUGAGGACAGCAUGGAGUCCAAGCGCAAAAAACUUGUAGAAGAGAUGAGAAAACGCCGCCCAGAUGCUGUUGUCAUCUCCCAGAAGAUGGACUCCACAUAUGCCUUAAGAAGACAGGAAGUGGUAAACCUGGAGCCUCCAGUGAAAGACACGUUGGAAAGGUGGCCAGCACUCUUCACAGAGAGUCAGAUUGUUGCAGAGUUCCUUCGCUUGUCAAGCAAAAACUUAAAAAUAGAAUUCUUCAAAGAACUUGACAAGUACACUCCACGAUUUUUGGAGAUUUUCAAGUCCAAGGGAGGACGUGUCGGCAAGAAACUACAGGAAUACCUGCAACAUUUCACACCACGAGUAAGAUUUUUUUUCCCAUAA